CUCGCUUUAUUUUGAAGGUAUAGAUCGGAUAUGGUGUUUCUUUGGUUUUGACAUGUGUAGCUUGACAAAUGUACUGACGUUAGCACGCAGGAUAAACUUGUGAUGGAGAAGGAUAAAGAGCUGGAGUGAUGGAAGAGGAGACGGGCCGGUAGAAGCGGCUCUAAAGAGCAGCAGUCAUGGGGGAUGAGCUGCUGUCGGAGGAGGAUUUCUUGUUGUGGUCUGAAAAGGAGUUUCACGAUGCUGCAAAAAGAAAUGACACAUGGAAAAUGCAAGAACUCAUCAAGAAGGGUGUGGACGUCAAUGCCAAAAACAAAGUAGGCCGAAAAGCACUGCACUGGGCAGCAGGAGCUGGGAAUGAACAGGCUUUGCGUCUCCUACUGGAGUAUGAUGUGGACAUCAAUGAGACUGACAGUUUUGGGAUGAAUGCUCUGCUUCUGGCAUCCUGGUUUGGUCACCUAAACAUCCUACAGAUCCUGGUGUCUUGUGGAGCAAAGCUCAACUCUGAAAACAAAGAUGGUCUGAAUAUGCUGCACUGUGCUGCUCAGCGAGGCCACAUCAGAGUAUUGGCGUUCAUCUUGGAGCACCUAGAAGGCAUCAGUCUAGAUGGAGUUGAAAAGUCAGGGAAGACAGCACUACACCUAGCUGCUGAACAUGGACAGCUUGAAGUAGUUGAAUUUCUGAUUGGAAUGGGUUACAUACAUGGUUUGAAGGACAAGGAAGAAAACACGCCUAUGCAUCUAGCAGCAAGCAAAGGGCACGCAGAGAUCCUACAGAAGAUCCUAGAGACUGGUGUCAGUGUGGAUAAAAGGAAUAUA